AUGUCAACGUUUUCACCCGUGCACAGUUUACAUCACAUUGUCACCUCAGCAUCAGAGGUUAGACACGUUGAUCCACAACACAAUUUAGGAGAUGUCGAAUUAUUGCACCAAAUUGGUUACAAGCAAGAGUUGAGACGUCAUUAUUCAACCAUACAAGUUUUUGGAAUAGCGUUUUCAAUUAUGGGUCUUCUACCCAGUAUUGCCUCAGUGUUCAAUAUUGGUAUAGCCUCUGGACCGGCUGGUCUUGUCUGGGGUUGGUUUAUUGCUAGUUUCUUCAUCUUUUGCAUUGGAUUGUCAAUGAGUUUCUUGGGUAGUGCCAUACCAACCAGUGGAGGGUUGUAUUAUUACACAAACUACUACUGUCCCGAUACAUUCAGAGUCCCAUUGAGCUUUAUGAUCGGUUGCUCAAAUUCACUUGGAUUGACUGGUGCUAUUUGCAGUAUCAGUUUUGGGUUUGCAACCGAGGUGUUGUCGGCUGUUUCAGUUUCAAAGGACAAUGAUUUUAAUAUUACCAAUGCAAAAUCAUAUGGUGUAUUUGCUGCUUGUAUUGUCCUGUGUAUGGUCAUAUCCUGUUUAACCACCAAGCAUGCUGCCAAGUUUCAAACAGUAUCAAUUUGUGUCAAUGUAUUCUUGGUUUUACUAUUCAUCAUUGCAGUACCCGCUGGCUUUGGAAGACAUCAUAGUUUCAAUGGAAGAGGAUUUAUCUUUGGCACAUAUGAAAAUUCAAGAGAGUGGCCCAUUGGAUGGAGUGCCAUAAUGUCGUUCAAUACAGCAGUUUGGACCAUCGGUUCAUUUGACUCAGUUAUCCAUUGCUCAGAAGAGGCUUUGAACGCACAAAGGUCUAUUCCUGUGGGAAUCUUGGGAUCCAUCUGUGCUUGCUGGUUCUUGGGAUGGGUAGUUAUUGUUGUUUGUGCUGCAUGUAUUAAGGAUGGAAAUGUUGCUCGUAUUGUUGCAGCAGAAACCGGCUCACCUUUAGCUCAAAUAAUCUACGAUGCAUUGGGAAAGAAAUGGACUGUGGCUUUCAUGUCGUUGAUUUGUGUGGGUCAAUACCUUAUGGCAAUCUCAUUGACAAUCGCAUUAUCGAGGCAAAUCUGGUCUUUUGCAAGAGAUGAUGGCUUACCAGGGGUUUACAAGUGGGUGAAGUAUGUUGAUCCAAAAAUCAAAGUACCAAUCAGAGCAACCAUAUUUGCAGCCAUUUGCGCAUUGGUGAUUGGCUGCUUAUGUCUUAUUCCAGGCUCUGCCGGGUCAGGGGCAUUGUUCUCGUUGGCAAUUACGUCCAACAACUUAGCCUGGGGUAUGCCUGUAUUUCUUGUGUGCUUACCCUACGGCCGUAAAAAGUUCAUCCCAGGACCAUUCCAUUUUGGAAACACAUUAACAUUCAUCAUCAAUAUAAUUACGGUUUUGUGGAUUGUCUUUGCCAUCAUUAUGAGCAUGUUCCCAGAGAAUAGGACGGUUGACAAAGAUAGCAUGAAUUACACAUGCGUAAUCAAUGGAGGAAUUUGGUUAUUGUCAGUUAUUUAUUAUUAUGCUUGGGCUUGGAGAACAUACACUGGACCAAAGAGUAACCUUGAUGGCACAGAAUCAGAUUAUGAGGAGCAACAUAGUGUUAAAAAUGUUGAUGAAGUAUUGGGAGAGAAAGCGUGA